AUUCAGUGCUACAGACUGACAACCUUAUCAUGUCAUUCUUGCUUUGCGUGAAGUUUUAUUUAAAUCACCUAUCAAAGAAAGCCUGUAGUUUCUUGAAUGCCAAUAAGAAUAUAACGACAAAUAUCAAUAUUAUCAAAGCUUUAAUGAAGUCAAAGAUCGAAAUGAUAAUACAUUUCUGGUAUCUGCUACACGUGCCUCACGUUAUCUAGCUGAGAUAGCCAUAUUGCUAAUAUAUCUAUGCAACCUGAAAAGACUCUUAUUAAAGCUAUUAGUGUGGUGUGACUUCUCUGAUCUUUCCCGAGACAGGUUGAAAUUGAUCUAUUAAGUUAGAAGAUUAAAUGAAAAUGACGCAAAUAAAUCCCUUAGGAUGGAUCGAUUAUCUAGUUAUAGCGGUAAUGCUGUGCAUAAGUGCUGGAAUUGGUAUUUAUUACAGAUUUAGUGGAGGACGUCAAAAAACUAUGGAGGAGUAUUUCAUUGCAAGUCGAUCAAUGAGCACUGUACCAGUCGCCAUCGCUUUGGUGGUCUCCUUCCUAUCUGGAAUUACGAUGCUUGGUUCAUCCGCUGAGAUUUACACAUACGGGACGCAAUACGUUAUGAUGAACAUUGCGUAUAUUUUAAGUACUCCCAUUAUAUGCUAUGGAUUUCUACCAGUCUUCUACAAGCUACAGGCGACAAGCGUUUACGAGUACUUGGAAAAGCGUUUUGGAAUAAGAGCUAGAAUGAUGGCUAGUUUUCUUUUUUGGAUUCGAUUGCUUUUGCUCUCAGGAAUAGUGCUUUAUGCUCCUUCUCUGGCCUUGGAGGUGACCACUAGAAUGUCUAAGACUGCCAGCAUCAUAAUUAUUGGCCUCGUAUGCGCUUUCUAUUCUAGCUUAGGCGGUAUUAAGGCCGUGGUAAUAACAGAUGUAUUUCAAAGUUUGCUUAUGUUUGCCGCUGUGUUCUUAAUUAUUGGUGUGGCAGCGAGUGAUGUCGGAUUAGAACAGAUCUGGGAAAUUGCGAGGCAGGGGCAACGACUCGAGUUUGAUAACAUUGAUCUGGAUCCAACAGUAAGAAAUACCUGGUGGACUACUGUACUGGGUGGUUUAUGUAUAGAUUUAUCGCUUCAAGGAGUGAAUCAAGUACAAAUACAGCGUAUGCUGACUCUGAAAAAUUUGCAGGCCUCGCAAAGAGCCGUCUGGCUCGCUUUGCCCAUACGGUUGCUUCUCUCGAUCGCAAUUUGCUUCUCAGGAUUGGCGAUGUACAGCAGAUAUUACAAUUGCGAUCCGUUGCUUCAGAAAAGAAUUAGUUCGCUUGAUAUGCUUAUGCCAUUGUACGUUAUGGACACGAUGUCUAACAUUCCUGGCUUACCAGGCCUCUUUGUUGCAGGUAUUCUUAGCGCAACCCUUAGCACAAUUUCUGCGACGUUGAAUUCUCUAGCGGCAAUAACGUUGGAGGAUUAUAUAAAACCCGUAUAUAGAAAGUGCAUCGGACACGAAUUUUCGCCUAAAAUAUCAGUCCCCAUCGCUAAAGUGCUCGCUUUUAUGUUCGGUAUUAUUUUAAUUGCGCUGGCAUUUUUAAUGCAAUUUUUGGGAGCAUUACAAACGACUGCUUAUACUAUUUCUGGAGUAAUAAAUGGUCCAAUAUUAGGCAUUUUCACGCUUGGCAUGGGCACAGAAUCGGCGACGGAAAGCGGUGCGAUAAUCGGUACUCUUACAGCAUAUUCGUUUUUGUUCUGGAUUGUUUUCGGUCAACCACGCCCGAUACCACCUAAGUUGCCAACUACUAUCGAAGGCUGUGAUAAUAGUAUUGCAAAUAUGACGAUGUCCGUUUUGCAAAACGGCACAAGUUUCUCCAAAAGCACCGGCGAUAGCUCGUACUUUUAUUUGUAUCGCAUUUCGUAUUUGUGGUACUCCUUCCUCGGAUUCAUAAUAACAUUCUUACUUGGAUUGCUUAUCAGCAAUCUAUCUCGUUUACUCCUGAAGAAUCAGAGCAACGAGUUAGACCCUAAUUUAUUCUUUCCCGUAGUAGCACGUAUACGUUCUAGAUAUAAGGACGUAAAGAAUGAUAAGUAGUUCUUAUUGUUAGUUAGACAGAAAUCUUUUCACGAGUAAUUAGAAAACAAUAAACAGUCGCGCCAAUAAAAUGUAUUAUAUGUAAAAUAUUUUAAUUGUAAUCUUUUUAAGUUUUUUAAAGUUUAAAAUAAAUAAAGUACUUUUGAAGUAAUAAAUAGAACAGAGUAUGAAAAUAAUAAUGAGCAAGUGCAGUGCGAAUACUUAAGUGUGUGAAGAGCUAUAAGUUAUGUAAUUAGUUACUUCAAUAUUUAACUAGAUAUAAAAUCAUUAUAAAGAGCAAAUAGUCAUAAAAGUUACGUUUUAUCGCAUUAAAAAAUGAGACGUUACGAAUAAAUUAUACGAGAUAUCAUUCCA